UAACAUUUCUUAAAAAUUAAUUGAUUGAUAUAUUUAUACUCCAAAAUUUAUUAAAAUUAAUUUGAUUAAAUAAUUACCACUUCGGUGAAAUGCUUGUCAACACAAUACUUUUUCUGUUAUACUCAUUUUUAAUGCUGAUUACUCAUUCGCUGGCUGAUCCUCUAAUUGGUUAAGAAGACUUAGACCAAAAAUACCUAUGAAUACUCAUUCAUAGUAUCUGUCAUUUAAAAGCACAUAGCAGAUUUCCACAUCUGUACUGGAGUUUUGAUAACGAAGAGUCACGUAUUGACUUCAGCUCAUUGUUUAGACGAAGUUAACAUUCCUGAUGUAAGUGUCAAAAUCGGUGAUCCAAGUCCAAGAAAUAUUAAUAACUACUCGGUUCAAUGGUGGAAAACAUUUGAUUAAUGGACUGAAGAAAGCAUUGUAGCCUUGGAAUUUGAUGAUAAUGACACAGCCAUUAUCAUGUUGUGGGGAGAAGUCAUGGGAGACAUAAGUCCUGGUAAAUUAUCAUUCUCAACGGUCAAGUCGCUCAAUCAGGUCAAAGUUUUAGGAUGGAAAUACUGGAAUCGGAAUUCUCCAAAACCUUUUCGGUUGCGAGUUGCAUUUUUGAAAGUAGUAGAUCUUGCUAAGUGUCGGACUCAAUAUGAAGCUUUGAGCAAUCGACUUUUUCAAAGAGAGGAUAAUAUUAUUUGCACCAAAGCCAAUCCACUUGCAGUGAUAGAGUGGGUAAAAGAAGAUAGUGGUGAACCUCUGUUGAAUGAAGAUAAUAAAAUUAUUGGCAUUAACACUUCGUUAUGUGUUGGUGCGUCAAAACAUAAACUUUUGGAUACAAUUAAUUUUCACAUUAAUCUGCGAUAUUAUAAAAAUUUUAUUUACAGUGUAGUACAAAAUUGAAAUCAAUCUCAAUACACAUGAUGACCUAGUUAAGUUUUAACAUAUAACAAUGUAUAAAAUCUUUAGACUAUUUAUAUUAUUGUUUAAUUUUUAUAUCUAAAAUGCAAAGUAACGUACAUUCAUUAUUUCUGAAAAGAAUAAACAAACAUUAAGUUUGUUUUAAGAAAUUUGAGUGUAAUUAUUAGUUUUGGUGUCAAAACGC